UCAUGCUGCUGCCAAGUCCAGAGUCUCUCAUGGGUCCCUGUACGGCCUCCCAUUGCUGCUGUCUCCAUCGCCACACUCUGCCAUGCCACUUUCAGGUCUCCUCACACACUGCUGGUGUGUUCAAUUUUUUGACAUAGGGUGCUGGCAGAUUACGGGCCUCCCAUAGCUGCUGCCAGGCCCCUAAUCUGCCAUGGGCCCCUAUACCGCCUCCUCAUGCUGCUGCCAAGUCCAGAGUCUCUCAUGGGUCCCUGUACGGCCUCCCAUUGCUGCUGUCUCCAUCGCCACACUCUGCCAUGUGCCACUUUCAGGUCUCCUCACACUGCUGGUGUGUUGAAUUUUUUGAC